GACGUACACCUGUCAACGCUUUUCUCAGUCCAGCGCUCAGACGAAGGAGCGACGACUGGCUGCCUUGCCUGGAAGCGUUUUAUGGCCGCCUGCUCGGGCUCGACAUCCACUUAUUUUCUCUUGUUUUCGGUCUUUUUAGAGGCCGCAGAAGCUGGACUGUUGCGGUAUAAUCAGCGAGGAUUGCAGCGAGGACUAAGUCGCUCUUUAUGCGGUUAACUUCACCGCCAAACGAGUCCGCCGAACGACGUUUUUUUUAAACUUCAUUGUGGCAGAGAGAGUCAGCGGAAGUGUCUAAACUCUUGGAUUAAAACCGAUGCUUGAAGUCGUGGAGUUGGUGCUUUAAUGAGGACUUCCAUGAGGUGCAGUUCCCGGUUUUAACUUAUUUUCUUCUCACCGGUGCAUUUUGUCGUCACAUCAAAACAAGCUAGCAUGCUAGUUGUGUGCAUUGGCUGCUAGCUAUAGUGUUUAAUCCAGACAACUUUGACAACAAUGCCUUACCUACGUUAUGCAACAGGUAGAGCCACCGAAAGCACGACAAAUCUGCAAGAACGGAUGGAUAUUUAGACAUUUAUUUGUAUUUCUUACGAUUUAGCUCGGGUUGUAGUGCAUUCAUUGUUCUAUUUAAAGAUUGUUCCGCGUUUAAACAACACUUCAGUGAUGGACACAGCCUGAUGACGAGCAGACAUGAUGGAUUAUACAGAAUAGCACAAGAAGAAGCCUCAGCAGCAGCUCGUACGGUUCUCUCUGGAUUUUUAAUGCUGAUACAGAGGAAACCCUAAUCAUCGUCAUCAACGACAGCUCGAGUUUCAUGCAUCAAAAUGUCGGCCAUCUCUGCAUCCGAAAAGGUGGACGGCUUCACGAGGAAGUCCGUGAGGAAGGCUCAGAAGCAGAGGAGAUCCCAGGGUUCGUCUCAGUACCGCAGCCAGAGCACCCCGGUGGAGCUCUCCCCGCUGCCGCAGCUCAAAGAUGCCCAGUCCACAGAGCAGCAUGAACUGUUCACCCAGAAACUCCAGCAGUGCUGCACGCUCUUCGACUUCAUCGACUCGGUGGCCGACCUGAAGAGCAAGGAGGUGAAGAGGGCGACCCUCAACGAGCUGGUGGACUAUGUUUCCACAAACAGAGGGGUGCUGGUGGAGACUGCAUACCCUGAGAUCAUCAACAUGAUCACUACCAAUAUUUUUCGGGCUCUUCCUCCAAGUGAAAAUCCAGAUUUUGACCCAGAAGAAGAUGAACCCACUCUUGAAGCUUCUUGGCCUCAUAUUCAACUGGUGUACGAGUUCCUGCUGCGCUUCUUAGAGAAUCCUGACUUUCAACCCAGCAUUGCGAAGAGACACAUUGAUCAGAAGUUUGUUCUGCAGCUGCUGGAGCUGUUUGACAGCGAGGACCCGAGGGAGCGGGACUUCCUGAAGACUAUCCUGCAUCGGAUUUAUGGAAAAUUCCUGGGCCUGCGAGCCUUCAUCAGGAAGCAGAUCAACAACAUCUUUUUAAGGUUCAUCUAUGAAACCGAACAUUUUAACGGUGUCGGUGAACUGCUGGAAAUUCUGGGAAGCAUCAUCAAUGGGUUUGCGUUGCCUCUGAAAGCAGAGCACAAGCAGUUCCUGAUGAAGGUGCUCAUCCCCCUACACACAGCUAAAGGACUGGCUCUUUUCCACGCACAGCUGGCUUACUGUGUGGUCCAGUUCCUGGAGAAAGACCCCACUCUGACAGAGCCGGUGAUCCGCGGCCUGUUGAAGUUUUGGCCGAAAACCUGCAGCCAGAAGGAGGUGAUGUUUCUGGGGGAAAUCGAGGAGAUCCUGGACGUCAUCGAACCGACACAGUUCAAAAAGAUCCAGGAGCCGCUGUUUAAACAGAUCAGUAAAUGUGUGUCUAACCCACAUUUUCAGGUAGCAGAACGUUCGCUCUACCUGUGGAACAAUGAGUACAUCCUCAGCCUCAUCGAGGAGAACAUCGACAAGAUCCUCCCCAUCAUGUUCGGCAGCCUCUACAAAAUCUCCAAGGAGCACUGGAACCA